UUCAUCGUGCGGGCGCAAAGUCUCUUCCUCCAAACGUUUGUGGAACGACAGAAGCUUCUGCACGUGUUCUGUAUACAUUUCAAAAUAUGUCAGGCGAAGGAUCAUCAAGGAGCUCCAGAGAUGAAGUGAAGCAUUUUCCUGGCCCCCAUCAGUUUAGUGUACAUCCAACAGGAUUUGAACUUCAAGAGAAUCAAAGUGAUUUCAUCAAAAAAAGUGUUGAAUAUACAUUUUCAUCAAAGCUCAACCGGUUAUAUGUCAAGAAAAUGGCAAUUUGUCCUUUUGGAAUAUUCACUUCAGCUACUACUCCUGUUGGUAGUCAAGUGAAAAUUCUGGUUUAUGCUCAUAAUAGUGAGCCUGUUAUGAGGUGUAGAGCACAUACUGAGGGUGAUGAAAGACAAGAAGAUUUUGUAUCACUGUUGCAUUUUAUGCGAAGCAAGAACGUUUCUGCUAUAUAUGAGGGUGAUUCUCAAACUGGAGAACUUUCAAUCAUAUUGCCACAAAUCAAGCCUGAGGGUGAUAUUGAAAAUCUAACUUUCCUAUGCUCAAGCAAGCAUUGUCUUAAAAAGGAACUAUUUAUCAAGUUCUCUCUAAUAUAUAAAGAUGAAGUGAUUGGAUUUCAUGAAUUUGGGCUCCAUGUUUGCUCUUCACCUGGCCGUGAUAGAAUAAACCAUGAGAGUAAAAAGAAAAUUGAAUGUCGAAGAAAACGUAAAUUACCAACAGACCCAGGCCCUCAUUAUUCAACCAAGAAGACUGCCAUCCCAUCAUCACAGCCUGAAGUAUUCAAUAUUGUGGUUAAAAAUCGUUCAGUGUAUGACUUGCUAAUGAAAGUAAACAGAGGCUUAGAACUGAUUGAAGCUGUCCCACAGGAUGUUCAAGAUUAUUAUCUCAAGAGAUUUUGGGCAAAAAAUGUUGCAUCCACCAGUGAAGCUGAAGCAAACACCGUCACAGCAAGCGCACCACAUGAUCGAAGGAAAUUAGAAACUAGAGCGACGCUACGACGUAUAAUUGUGAGGUCAUGAUUGGUCCCAGCAAAGUCUUUCUGGUUAAAAGACACGAUUCAUUUCAAUGUUUUGACAAAGAUUUUAGCGAAAGUAAAACGUGGGACUGAGUUGAAGCCACUACUUUAAGUUGUCUGUUUUCAUCAACUUUAGAUGAUACCUUUGCACCUAAUUUAGUUAUAUUAACACUAAACUAUAUAGCAUUAACUCUUUUGUUAACCACGCGUCUUCUUUCCUAUGGAAAUAUUCGAACCAGCGUUGGGGAAAAUUUUGAUAUUACGAUUUGGUAAAGAACCUAUUUUAUGGUUUCACAAUACCAAACAUUUACCAUAAUAAUUUGUUUGAACCACAUUAAGCGUUAGUAUUUGGGUAUCAGUGAAGUUACUGAUCUUGUUCAUUGCGCGGGUCGUCUUUUUUUCAGAACAUACAAAGAACACGCUGGUGGUCACUAUCUUGUAUAAUAGUAAUAACGUAUAGCUACGUUUUGUAAAAAUUAUAUUAAAUAUAGACUAGUCUAUGGGG